AUGGAGUCGAUAAGGGUGAGGAAAUCAAGAAGGAAAUUGGAAGAUGGUUCGCUGUGUCCUCACGUUCAGCUAGUGUUCCGACUGUCAUCUUUGUUAGGUCUGUCUCCGCUGGUGUUCGAGAACGGAGAGUCCAGGUUCUCGUACCCCAGAGCCGUUUACUCGAUCAUUAUUUUAUGCAUUACUUUAUUUUUCGGCUUUUUGAACUUCGAAUUCGUUUUAUACUUCUUCAACGACGUUUCAUUAUUGAUCAUUGCUCUGUUGAACAUAGCCAUUUAUAUUUCUUUACCGAUUUCAUCAGUGAUUGAUACUUUCCGUAAUGUAUCAGAUUAUGGACACAUCUUUGAAGAGCUAAGAAUAAUCGACUCACAGCUCUCCGCCAUUGGAGUACUCAAGGUCCAUCGCCAAAAUUGGUCUACCUGGCUCUUAGAGAUUUUGAUGAUUUCUAUAUAUUUUAUAAUAACACUACCGUUGCGCUGGGAUUUCGCUUUCUUUUUCCAUUGUAUCGGAAUGACAACUUAUGCCCUCGUCUGCUGUCAGCUCAAAGCAGUUGGACGCCACAUCCUCAGCCGCUACGAUCUGGUUGUGCACACCCUCGACCAGCUGAAGAACACACAGCACAACAAUUAA